GCCCAUCAUUCGUUCUGGGUUCUUUGUAAAUAUCCCCUCUUGAUUUCUGUGCCCUCUUCUUCUCCGGCCACUCGCUUGAGCUCCGUUUGACAGCUUUUCAACUCGUCAUCAACCGAACCAUUACAAUGCGUCUCGCUGCCGUCACCCUUCUCGCGUCCGCGGCUUUCGUCGCUGCCCAGUCCAAAUGCGACGCUCAGAAUAUCCUCGAUGCCUGCAAGGUCCAGUACCAGAACAGGAUCAACGCCUGCAAGCCCAAUGACUACAUUUGCUACUGCGAGGAAUACACCAACCUCGAUACCUGCUACAACAACUGCCCCAACUCGGACGAACGACCGCCAGUCAAGAACCAGGUUACCCAGUACUGCCUCGCCGCCGAACCGCUGAAGUCUGCCUCUAGCGCUUCUGCUGCGACUGCUUCCAAGACUCAGACUGGCUCAUCAGAAUCCACUGCGACGACCGCGCCGAGCACGACGGGUACCGAUGCCCCGACUGGCACUGGGAGUGCGACUGGUACUCAGAAGACUGGUGCUGCUGAUUCGCUCUUCGUUCCCGCCGGUGGUGCUUUGGCUGCUGCUCUCGCCCUCGCCGGGCUCUUGUAGACUCGGAAAUGGGUCGGACAUUGUUGUACUGUUGAAGAGACCUAUGCAUAAUACUUAAUGCGUCGUUAAUAUCAUUGAAGUAUGUAGCAAUGAAGGAGCGUGGGGGCUGCUUCCAUUAAUUCGUAGCUUCCGGCGUGACGUCCAACUCCCAGUAAAGGAUUCCAGCACGACGCGAGUCCCACUCAUGUUGAUGUGGGACGGGAUGCAAAACCUUGCGCUUGGUAGCAGUCGCGAAGUCUUCUCCCUACUUCGGUUCCUUCAAAACUCCGCCCUGCUUACUCCGUACGGAUCAAUU